AUGAGUACUGUCUCUGAUGAUCGUGGUGCCCUACCCCCAGGUGCCUGGGAUACGCAUGUUCACGUAUUUGACACCUCAAUUGGGCCAUUUGCACCUUCGAGGGCCUACACUCCAGCCCAGGCUUCCCUUUCUCAGCUGGUAGCCUUUGGCCGGAGCCUCACUCAGGCAUCGGAGGGGCCUUCUUUUGUUAUUGUGCAGCCGUCUCCAUAUGGCACCGACAACACCGUAUUAUUGAGCACAUUGAGAUCUUUCCAAGCAUUGGGCUGUAAGGGACGUGGAAUCGCAGUCGUGGAUUUGCAGACCGUCACUGAUGCCGAAUUGCAAGAGAUGCACAAUUUGGGAGUUCGUGGUCUUCGGCUGAAUUUCCAAGCUGACGGAAAGAGCGUUGAUACAGUCGCGUUCAACAAAACUCUCGAGGCUGCCGCUGAGCGUAUUACCCAUAUGCCUGGGUGGAUGAUUCAGGUGUUCAUACCAGGAUAUAUCUGGGAUGACAUUUUCGACAUUAUUGUUGCUCUGCCAGUGCCAGUCAUUGCUGAUCACAUUGGAGGACUCAAAGGUCCAUCGAAACUCCCAGAAGGGGCAAAUAUAGACCACUCUCAGCAGCCAGGCUACAAGUCCCUGAUCGAACUUGCGCGCAGGAACAAAGUUAUCAUAAAGAUUUCCGCUCUAUAUCGGGCAUCAACAAAAACAGACACUUCCUAUAGUGAUCUUGCGCCUCUUGUUCGCUCGCUUGCUUUGGAGAUUCCAAAUCAGUUGGUUUGGGCUAGCGACUGGCCACAUACUGGUGAAGGGAAAGAUAGGGAAGCUAAUGGAAUUGACAAGGUCGAGCCGUUUAGACAUGUGGAUAAUAGAACAAUGCUUGCAUCGCUGAGAAGUUGGAUAGAUAACGAGACAGCAUGGGUAAAGAUGCUGGUAGACAACCCUGCGCGCAUUUAUAAAUAG